AUGUCAGCCAGCGACAAGAAUGGGGGCAGCCAUGCCAGCAGCAGCCGCCUGCAGAGCAAGAAGCCCCCCAACCUCUCCAUUGUCAUCCCCCCCCAGGAGGCGGAGGAGGAUGGUGCUCACAAAGAGCCGUCCAAGGUUCCCAUCUACCGAAAGAGCAAGAGCCUGCAGGAACCGCGUACGGCCCCGGACCCCCCCCCCGGCUCCCGCCGACAGACGUCCCUGUCCCAGAGCAUCCGCAAGGGCACGGCGCAAUGGUUUGGUGUCAGCAGCGACUGGGAGGGGAAGCGGCAGCAGUGGCAACGCAAGAGCCUGCAGCACUGCAGCAUGAGGUACGGCAAGCUAAAGCCGGCCUAUCGCGACAUGGAGCUGCCCAGCCAGGAGGUCCCUUCCUUCCAAGGCACCGAGUCACCCAAACCCACCAAGAUGCCCAAGAUUGUGGACCCGCUGGCCAGGGGCCGUCCCUUCCGUCAUCCUGAUGAGACCGAGCGUCCUCACACACCCCACCACGUCCUGCCCCCGCUCACCCCUGGCGUCGUCUCCUUGGCGUCCUUCAACAGCCUCCGCUCGGGCCACGGCCGCCUGCCGCGCAGGAAGAGGGAGUCUGUCGCCCACAUGAGCUUCAAGGCAGCUGCAGCCCUUCUCCGCGGACGCUCUGUCCUGGAGCCCUUGGCUCCCAAGCAGAGGAGCAACAAGAGGAGCUUCAUGUACCCCAGUUUCAUGGACGAGGACAUGGUGGAUGCUGCCGACACCCUGGACUCGUCCUUCUUCAGUAAGAUGGACAUGCAUGACGAGAUGUACUCCAUGCCCGAUGACGUCUUCGAGUCGCCGCCGCUUUCGGCCACGUAUUUACGCAUGCACCCGGUGGGGGAGGAUGCCAGGGUGUCCCCCGAGGAGGAGCAGCCCACCCCGAGGGAGGGUGUCCGGCUCGCGUCAGCCGGGGCUGGCCCGGCUCCACGGCGAGGCAGGCGCAUCGCUUCCAAAGUGAAGCACUUCGCCUUCGACCGCAAGAAACGCUACUACGGGCUGGGAGUGGUGGGCAAGUGGCUGAACAGGACGUACCGGCGCAGCCUGAGCAGCAUCGUGCAGUCGCAGCUGGAGACACCGGUGAGCCGCAGGCCGUAUUUCACAUACUGGAUCACCUUUGUCCACAUCCUCAUCACCUUGCUGGUCAUCGGCACCUACGGCAUCGCCCCCAUCGGCUUCGCCCAGCACGUGACGACAGAGUUA